AUGAUGCUCCUUCUGACUUUGGUAGUCUUUAUGGCUAAAAGUGCUUCUGCAGCAAAUUAUAUGUUGCGCAUGGAGGAUUUCGAUUUUGACCAGAUGGAAAUUCCCCACGAUAAUGUAAGUGGAAAGGAUUUUGGAAAAGAUAUGAAAGAAAUUACUCAGAAACGAGUCCCUGAAGAAAAUUAUGAUGAUCUCUCUUCAAUUUCGUUCAUACGACUUCGGGAGAGAACUGACGUCCCUGAACUUCACACCACGCCAAGUGAGAACUCGUCUGUUGAUUCCCUCACUUUGUCUGUCGACAAUGCUGAAUCUCCAAAUGGAAAAUCUGUUCAAGACCACACGCCGUCCAUUCCAAUCCAGCGCACAUCCGUCGUCGUUGAGCAAAAGAAAAUGGAUUUCCAGAUUCAUUCUACCACCAUGGCUCCUGUCUCUGUCACUCGAAGAUGGUUGCCCUUCCCAACGACAUCGAGACGUCUUCUCACUACAAGAGGAGUCAUCUUCAAUCGCCGAUCAGUGAAGUUCGAAUGUGUGAGGGGAGUCGUAUGCGAAAUGAAGUUCACACCGGAGAACUCCAACAUAAAACAACGGAUGUCAAUGCCCUUGUUUUAUGGAGUCAACGAAUCGGAAGUCUUCAUGGUGGCUGGAAAACGUAACACGCUCGUCGGUGUUCCAAUGGUUGUGGGGGUGCACGACUUCUUGCUCCACUUCCGAGGAGUUCAGACCAACUUCUCGGUCACAGUCAAGGAAUCGCCACCCCACAACCACGUUUUCCAGAUGGUACUCUAUCAUCCGACAGAGUACCAGAUCAUGGGGUUCCUCAACACCAGAACGGUGUUUAUGAACUUCCUGGCCAACGCACUCAAUGCACCAGUCGAAAUCUUCACUCUACUUUCCGUUGGAACAACGGCGAGAAACCGGACGGAGGUCAAAUUCUUUGUGAACAGCCUGGAUGCCAAUCAAUGUGAAAAUAGAACGCUCGUGGAGCUUCUGAAAAAGUUCAAUUCUGAUGAAGUAUUUCAAAGAAUGGUCCCUGACUUCCACAUAUACAGAGUGUAUCUCGGAGGACUGGAAGACUGUCUUCAAUACUUUGGACCGGUCAAGUCGGCACUCCGCUCGGAGCCUCAAACUCAAAAGUCUACGGAAGUUUUCGUUUUGAUUGUCAGUGUCAUCAUCGUUAUCGCCGUCCUGACAAUUGGUGUAUGGAUGUACAAGACGAAAGAACCCAGGUCCUCCGGUUCUCCAGAUCGAAAACGUCUGUUGGUAAACAGGAAUGCUCAUGAACAGACGUCCGAGACUCCAUUCAAUCUCCAAAACUGGGGAUUGUUCGGCCCCGCAACAGUGUUGGCGGCGCUCAUUGGUGUUUUUGUGGCUAUGAUGGUCUUCAUGGCAAUCUGCUGGUGUUUGAAUGAGAGUGAUAAGGCUCCGAACCAGGUCAAAGAGGCGGAGGAAGGUCCGGAAGUCAUGGAGACUGAGCUUUGA